CUCCCACAUACCUACCCACACACAAAAUUUGCAACACAAAACUCACACAACACCACUGACAAUUUCCCUCUUCAUCUCUCCCUUUCAACCCUCAAACAUGAAUCCUUCAGACAAACUCUACUACCUCAAAAAGCUCACACAAAUCCUACUCCCAAUCUCCCUUUUCUCCCUCCUAUUCUCUCAUGAAUCCUCACUUCCUCCCAUGAUGCUCCAAUCCUAUGAUUAUCUUGUCUCAAGUCUUUCCACCAACUUCUUCACCUACACAAGUGAGAGGAACUACGUGUUCCUCCUAUGCAAUGGGAUUCUUGCCCUCAUCAUAGGAACAUCGUUCGAGUCGGGCUCAAAGGGUAUCAGAUUUCGUGAUCGUCACCCUGAACGAGUCAAUGAAUUUCAAGAAAAGACUAAGUCGAUAGAGGUUGUCGUAAAAUUAGCCGAAGAAGCAGAGGGAAGGGAGGAAAAUGGUCCGUCAUCGUCUCCUAUUGCAGAAGUUGACAAAUACGUGGAAUUAAAUUGUCAAAACUGCGAUGAGAUUGAGGAAGAUGAAGAAGAGGAUGGGGUUGAUGACGACCAGGGGUGCUUGAGUGAAGAUGAAAUGAACAAGAAAUUCGAUGAUUUUAUCAAGAGGAUGAAGCAAGAAUUUCACGGCGUACGAAAUAAUUCAAUUAUUCAAUGAUCAUCGUGUUUAAUUUGUAAUGAUCUUAGUGAGUUUAACUUUAAUUUUUUGGCUUAUGAUGAGCACUUAUGAUCAAUUAUAGAUAUUUUGAUUGAUUUUUUAUGCUAAUAAUAAUAAAUGUUGAUGGAUAAUUUAUUUAUUA